UGGUGGUUUGGUCUGGCCUGGCCUACUGGACCUGCUUAAGCUCUGUCGACCACGGCUCAGCUGGGCUCCCGGCGCCGCCUCCUCCCAGUCUGCCGUAGGCUGCGGCGCUUCUGUGGGUGGGGGAAGGCUGGACUGACGCAGAAAGGCAAGGCCUCAUGGGACUCCAACAUUUGGAAUUUUGACAUUCCUGAGACCAGAGUCAUACUUCUAUAAAUUUCAUCCAAGGAACAGGAAUUUUCAUCUCUGCCCUUAAACUCCUCAGUGUUCAUGCAGUGAUGGUCUUUCCACAGAUGACAACGGCAACACGACAAGAAGUUCUUGGCCUCUACCGCAGAAUUUUCAGGCUUGCGAGGAAAUGGCAGGCUGCAUCAGGGCAGAUGGAAGACACCGUGAAAGAGAAACAGUACAUAUUAAAUGAAGCCAGAACGCUGUUCCAGAAAAACAAAAAUCUCACAGACACAGACCUGAUUAAACGGUGUAUAGAUGAAUGCACAGCCAGGAUUGAAAUGGGACUCCACUACCAGAUUCCCUAUCCAAGGCCAAUUCAUCUGCCUCCUAUGGGCCUUACCCCACUACAGGGCCGGGGACUUCGAAGCCAGGAGAAACUAAGGAAAUUUUCCAAACCAGUAUAUCUCCAGUCUCACGAUGAGGUUUCCUAACCCAGAAGAAAGUUUAUUUCUGAGAAUGAUGAGUCAAGUAGGCCUUGAAUGUAAACCAGAUAACAGAAGCAAAAAUUAAAAUAUCUUCUUAGAAA